AUGAAUAACUUCUACAAAACGCGACCCGGUGCUAGUCCUGGAUGGUGGCUCUGCUGCUUGUUGCCUGCCUGCUAUGCAGCAACUCUUUGGCGCCCUUAUCAGCAGGAUCAUCAACAACACUUGCCACGAGAUUACAAGCGCACGGUACUCGUAACCUUUGGACUGUUGUUGCAGUCACUAGUCAUCCGCGGUAGCCUGGAAUCCCGCUGGAACCGUGGACAAGCUAUUCUGCUUACGCUUCUCGUUGCUGCCUUCAAUUGGGGUCUGUUUACAGUGUGCCUGAAAGAAAAUGUUGUAUUCGCCAGUGUUAGUGGAUUGCUGCCAAUUGUUCUGUAUGAUAAGCUUUAUUUUACUUUGCUUAAAACGAUACCAAAGAGCUUCAGCUAUGGAGAAGCGUUCAUAGUAGCGCAAGGAUUGAUCGUUUUUGCUUACUGCACAUUCCUGCAGUUGCCGCCAGUUGUAUUACGCUCGGGUGCAGCGUAUACAGAACUGCAGCUGAUCUAUGCUAUACUUCAGAUCGGUUUGCUGGGAAUACUGCUGCUCGUGUGCGCAACGUACGCCUUUACCUGGCUUCGCAAAACAGUUCCAUUCUGGAUCGCACUAGGCAUUACAUGCAGUCUGGUGGCCUUAUGUCCCAUCGGUAAACUGCCCGCAGUUACACAUUUAGUACUGUUCUUCGUAAAUGAUAUACAGACGAUGAUGACCACCGGAAUGUAUUUGGCGCUACUGGUGCUAACCGUUUCGUUCAUUAUGUGGCAAUUUAACUACGGGCGUCGCACGACAACAGCUACCAGGAAGGUGUUCCACUUUCUAAUCGUUCUCGUGUACGGUCCGGGACUGUGGUAUCAGUGCCGGUUGCUGUACCUAGCUAGCGGUCUUAUGCUUGCCGUGUUGAUUGUCCUAGAGAUGGCUCGCCUGAUACAGCUUGCCCCGGUAGCGAAAGUUCUUAACGUUGCGGUUAAUUUGUUCGUCGACGAAAAAGAUGCGGGUGCGGUUGCCCUCACGCCAUUAUACCUGCUGGUCGGAUGCUCUCUGCCACUCUGGUUGCACCCAGUACCGUGUGAUUUAACCAACUCGGGCGGCCUACAGAUGCUCACCCUUUCGGCCGGUGUGCUUUCAAUUGGCAUUGGUGACACAGCGGCAAGUGUGGCCGGAUACCAUUUUGGGCGACAUAAGUGGCAUGCUUCUACGAAUAAAUCUGUCGAAGGAACGGUUGCGUCAGUGCUGCUGCAAGCAUCGACCAUCGGUGUUCUGUAUCACAUCGGUGUGAUACAUUUAUCGGUGAGCAGGGCCGCCUAUGCCGGCGUGGCAGUAAUAGUGAACGCCCUCGUCGAAUCGAGAACGGAUCAGAUCGACAACUUGGUGCUUCCGCUGAUCACCUACCUGAUACUCGUUUGUUCCUCCUGA